UCUCAAGUCAAUCUAAAUCAAUGGAUGCUCUGUGGAAUUUGGAAGACAAAUGGAAGGUGACGACUCAAGAAGCAGUCAUUGUACUCGCUUGCACAGCAUUUCUGGUGGUCGGAUUUUGCGCCGCCACAGCCUUGAAGAGGAGAGCCCGCCGGAGGCAACUUGUCGAUCAAGAGCCAAUCGGAGAUCAGGAGUUGCGUGUAGGCGUGGUUCCGACGUCCGAUCGGCCACGGCCAGGCUGCGGCUCGGUGAUGGCGGCGCUGGUGAGGUCGGUGCGGUGGAGCAAGGCGAGUAGGUACGGGAAAGAGGAGCCGCGGCGGCUGCUGCUCGGUGGAAUGGAGGCGGAGGUGGGGUGGCAGAGCCACAAUUCGGCGUCCCCGGUGUGGCAAAGGCCGAUACUGAUGGGCGAGAAAUGCGAGCUGCCGAGGUUCAGUGGCCUUAUCCUGUACGACGAGACUGGCACGCCACUUCGGUACUCUGCUCCCAAACAAAUUGCUCAUCAGGUAGGUCCUGACGACUCUAAGCCUAGCCCUGAUGCCUAUGAGUCCCUCCUAGUAGCCCUCCUACAACCAAAAUUGAUGAUGGGAGAGGCGGCCAGUGGCUAA